CGAGAGCAAUCUGGGCGCAACAGGUAAGCUCCAGCUUUAAAGUUAGAUGCUUUCUGUGAGCUGCGCUGCUCGAUGACAAUGGUGGUGGGGGCACCCUUUUCUAUUCUCUUUGCCCCCUUAUCGAAGAGGGCAUCUGAUUGCAAAGUGCAUCUGAUUGAGUAACAAAACUCAGCCCCCAGCAAAGUGGUAGUCAACAAGGGGUGGUGAAGCAAACCUUUACCACUGGCGCUUGCUUGCAGGUAGCCCUAUAUCUCUUUUCGACCAUAAAGCGCUGUGCACACGGCUGCAGAACUCUGACUCGAGCGAAGUUAGGUGUCUUCUCGGACUUUUCAGUUUUAGGGUUUCAAUUCUUUCAUCCGCUCUAUUCGCAAUGCUGCGAGCUUUAUGUGAAGCUGCUGCCUUCUUCCUCUGUUUCUUCUUCUUGCAGAGUUAGGGCUGAAACAAGAUCUGGGCAGGAGGGCGUUGAUCAAAAGCACGCUGCUAAGCUGAUUUGUUGUCUACCAGAGGCGCUGCAGAAAAUUAUUGGGAGGAAGCCAGAGCAAGACGGUGAAGUUUAGAAAUCACAAGAGAAGCGGGCAGAAAUCGAUCUUUAGAAGAGUGCUGAAAGGAGGCAGCGCUUGGCCGCGCCAGCGCUUCAAAUCAGCGUGUGUUAGAGGCGCACGCCUGGGCUCGCCCUUCUUGGGCGGAGCUGAAGAACCACUGUGCAGUCUUAUCAGCGAGCAUCCGAAGGUUGAAAGGGUUUUGGAGGGUUUGGGGUUUGGACUAUUGGAGGAUCGGGGAUUGGGGGUUUCAAGCGGCAUGUCGUAUGACGAGGUGGAGAUCGAGGAUAUGCAGUGGAGCGAUGACCUCAGCGCCUUCACCUACCCGUGCCCGUGCGGGGACCUCUUCCAGAUCACCCUGGACGAGCUGAAGACCGGGGAGGAGAUUGCCCGGUGUCCAAGCUGCUCUCUGUACAUCACAGUCAUCUACAACCCGGAGGAUUUUGAGGAGCCGCCAGCCACGGAGGACACGAGGAUACCCCAGCAAGUAGAGGUAUCCUAGAUUCUGACAUGUGGGCCCCCCGCAGCGACUGCGAAUCAAUCUGACCGUCAAUCUGUCGUCGAUGGAUAUUAAAUGCGCGUCAUCGUUAUCAUUCUCCUGGGAGUUCAAGCGGGCGUGGCAAGUGAUUCGCUGAUCGCCGCAGCAGUGAGUGAUCGAGUCAUAGGACAUUCGUUGUCAGAUUCUCAUUCGAUCAGAGUCAAUCGAAAGCCGCUUUGUCAUGAGUAUGUCGCCGUGGUGGCAUGGUAACCGGUUAGCCUGGGAUGAUAAAAACGUCGGCUACGGAGGGAGCAUCUGAAGCGGCAGUUAGUAGUUCGUGAGUAGAGCUUGCAAGCAUGCGUAGCAAUAGCUUUGUUUCGUAAGGACUUAAUCGUUCGAUUCCGACAGCCGGUCGCGAUCGCACAGGAUUGGACUUUCAACGAUAUGCGAGAAUGAUUCGAGUUAUGAGUUUUUGAUCACGCAAUCUCAAAGUUUGAGCUGAGUCAGCUAGCCUGGCGGCCCGUGCGAUCAGCAACAAGUUUACUUACUGCAUGAAAGAGACGAUACAUGGGUCGAGUAACUUACGAUCGAAGCCCUUAACAUUGCUCGGAAGCGUUGCAGGUUCUGCCUGUAAUCAUUCAUUAUAAGACUCGGACCAGGCUGACAUGAAGAGCAUGCAACUUAACUUAUAAGCUAGGAG